AUGCUUGAUAAUUACAUUGAAAUCCUAUAACAAUACAAAAAUCCAAAAUUACAAUACUUAUUCAGUUCAUUACCUUUACCUAGUUAAUGGCAAUUAUUUUAAACGGCAAAUAAAAUAGAUGUGCUAAAUAGUUAAACAGAUUAUUUGAUUGAUUUGUAUCACUAUCGAGAAAUUCCUAAAUUAUUACUAAAAGAUUAGAUAGAACGAUUACCUGAAGAAUUUUAACAUGAUCUAAAUUAAGAAGAGUUUAUUUUAAUGUUAGCAAGAGUCUUAGAUUUUCCGCCUUCUCAUUUACCAUUUUUAAUUAAUGGAACUAGAAUAUUAUAUGAUUAAAUUUGUUGGUUGAAUCAAAUACAUAAGGUAAUGUAAUUAAAGAUUGUAGGUAAACUUUUCAACAUUUCUAAGUUUUUAUAUUAUUUGUGAAUCUGAAGCUAAAGAAAUGCCUGAAUCAUUCUUACCAUAUACUAAUGAUUAACGAGCGUUUUUAAAGCAUUUUUAAGAAUUUGAAAAAGAUGAUUAUGGAUUUAGAUUUUCAAAAAAUUAAGAUAUUACUCAUCAUUAGAAUCCAAUAAAGAAAGUUUUUUAUUGUUAGGAUUCAAUAUUUAGUUUAGAUUAAAUGAGUGAUAAUAUAUAGAUAUUUGAUGCUGAAACAAUUGAAAUAAAAAAGAUUAUAUAAUGCACAUCAAUAAAACAUAAGACUAAUUUUUUAGGAUCACUUUCAAAAACAAUCUCUUAAAAAACAAUAAAUAUUUUAGAUAUAUUUUUUGCUGAUUCACCAAAAAUACUAGGUGCAUGUUGUUAAGAUAAAACAAUAUCAUUUUGGACAUUGACAAAUAAAUUUUAACAAGAAUAUUCAUUUUCAACAGAAAAGUAUGGACUUCAAGUUUAAAUAGCGUAAAAACAAGUUUAAUAUUUAUAGUUAUUUGGAAUCUAUAAAGGCAUGGAUAACAAUAAAUAGAGAAAAUUAAAUAUAUUAAUGGUCCUUUACAUAAUUAAUAGAAUCAAAUGAUAGCAAAGCAAUAUCAUUUGCAAAUUCAUCAGUAGGAAGUGCAGUGUUACUUCCUUAUAAGGGAUCUCAAAUAAAUUAUAUAAAAGAGAUAUCUUUAUUAAAUUAACUAUUUAUUUGUACAACUGAAGAAAUUUAAAAAAAGAGUGAUAAUAAUGAUAAAGUCUUUAAAACAGUUGAAAAAAGAAUUCAUGUUUGGAAUCCUAUAAAAUGGCAUGCUUUUUCAGAUAUAAAAUUACCAAAUAAAGGGUCAUCUGUUCAUACAAUAACUUAUUCACCUAAAUUGGAUGUUCUAUUUACUGUAGGUUUUAAUGAUGAUGUAUUAUUAUGGAAAUUUGAUGAAGGAAAUGAGAAUUAUAAUUAAUUUCAUAAAUUAACGAUAAGAGAAUAGAUAGAAAAUUAACGUAUAGAAAAUAAUACAGUAUCAGCUAUUGAAGCAUUUGAUGAAUAUGGAAUGUUGGUAAGUUUAGAUAAUAAAGGUAUAAUGAGAUGUUGGGAUAUUGAAUCAUGGGAAAUAAUUUAUAGAUUCAAUCUUGAAUGUGAAAUAAUUAAUACAAUUAGUUAGAUUUUAAAAAUUAAUUAAGGUAGAUUUAUAGUUACAACUUAAAGACUUAAAGUAUUAUAAUUUCCACGUAGUCAACCAAGAAAAGUUAAAGUUAGAUUUAAACCAAGAUUAAUGUAAUGUUUUAGUUAAAGAGUAUAUGUGAGUUCAAAUAAUGAAUUAAUAGGAUUUAAUUGGAAUAAUGCAUAUAUAGAAGAAAAAGUGGAAAUGGUUAAUGAAUAAGAGAAAGUAGAGACUGGAACAGAAAUUCUAUUCUUUUUUACACAUUGGGAUGUUACCAUUGUCAUUACUAAUGAUGCAAUUUUGCAUAUAAUUAAAGAUAGAUUUAGAAAUAAUCAAAAAGGAAAGAAAGAUUUUCUUGAAUAUCCAUUAUUUGAAAAUAAAUAAAUUGAAGGUUGCCAUUUUCAUUAUCUUUAUUCUUAACUUUCUUGUUGGAAUAAAAGUAUUUUAAGAAUCUUUUAAAGUUAAUAUAUAUCAAAAUAAUUACAUUUUACAAAGAUAAGAGAAAUGGAUGCUAGAGGACAUAUUCAAAAAAUUAUUAAUUGUUGUGAAAGAGAUAUUAUUGGAGUUCUAAUGAAGAAUAAUAUUCUUAACUUUAUUUAAUAUAGUACUAUGAAAACAACAUCAUCAGUUACAACUGAAGAUGAAAUUGCUGAUUUCUUUUUAUUUAAUGAUUAUAGAUGUUUAGCUAUUAUUCAUUAAAAAAGAAUUGUUUUUUAUUCUCAUUAAGAUUAUACACUAUUUUAACCUAAAUAUUUUAUUAAAACAGAUUCUAUAUCCAAUAUUUUAUAUCUCAAUUAUGAGUCUUUAGAUAAAAUCUUAGAAAUUUAUGUUCCAAAUCAUUUCAAAUAUAAAAAUAUCUAAUUUUUCAAAUAACAAGAAGCUAAUAAUUAGUUUAAAUAUAAUGAUGAUAUUAAAAAAGAUUUUUCAGUUCUUUAACAAAUUAAAGAACUCAAAUCAAAAAAUGAAGAAUGUAAUUUUCUAGAAGUGAAAGGUACUGGAUUAGUUAAAUUUAAAAGAACUGUUAAAAAGAUUUUAGACAUGAUUAGAAAAAAUUCUUUAGAUGAAUUACAUAGAAUUUCUAUUCUAGAAAGAUAGAGUAUAAUUGAUUCAAGUAAUCAAGCAAGUUUAAUAUUGGAUUUAGAUUCUACUUUAAUUAGAAGAAAUGGAUAAUUCAUUUCUAAUAUUAAAAUAGAUUAUGAACUUUAACCAGUAGACUUAAAUCAAUAUACUUAUAGCAAAGUAUAUAUUUAUGAAGACUUCCAUUAUUAAUACUUUUUAUGUUAAAACUCUUCUCCAAUUGUAUUAUCUAAUAUAUAAUCAAAAAUCGUUGAAAAGUUUUCAAGAAUUAAAGAUCCUUAUUUAAAUAAAGAUGAUAAUACUAAAAUUAUUGUUUCAUUCAAUUCAUCAGAUGAGAUUCUCCUUGACUACAAAGGAGCAGAAGAAGUAAUCUUAACUAAAAUAGAAAUUGAUCAUAAUUCUAUCAAUCCUUCAAUUAUUAAUUUUUAUGAUCAUUUACUUUUAAUAACUUUUGGAAAAGAAGAUAAUGCUUUAAAAUUUUGGGAUGUUACAUGUCUUAAAUCUUUAAAAUAAUUGAUUAUUGAUAAAGAAUAUCUUCAACUUAAACCAUCCUAAGUAAGUGCCAUAUUAAAAUUGAAAGAACUUUAAGAAUAUAAUUAAACCCAUGAGAUUAAAUCUCAAGAACUGUUAGUCUAAUAAAAAACUAAAGAUCUAUAAUCUUUAAUAAAAUAUAAAACGAAACAUUUAGGAUCUACUAAUUUAGGAGAUUCUCCAUAUUUAUAAGGUGAAUACAUAUUACCAUUAGAAUUAAGAUUAAAAUGGAAUCUCAAAGAAUUUAAUUCUUUAUACAGAAUAAAUUAAAUAAAAGAAACUUAUAAUUAUAUGUUAAAAAUGUUGUAUAAUUAUCAAGAAGCUAAUAAAUAUCAAAUUUAUCAAUAACAAUUAUAAAUUAAUAAUAAAAUGAUGUUAUAAUAAAAAAUAAAAUCUGGUAGUUAAUUAGAUUUAUAUUUUUCUGAUGAUUCACAUGAACAUCCUGAAUUACCUAAAUUAUAUUUAACUCAACUUUAAAUUAAACCAGAUCCUCCUCCAAACACUCCUUUUCCUAAAAAUUCAAAAGUUGAUAAAAAAGCUGAUAUUAAUUUUUAAGUUUUAUCUUCAAUUUUACGAAAGAAUGAUUCUGAAUAGGAUAAUUUAAGUAUUGAAAAAAAGAUAAGAAUGUCUGUUCAUCUAUCUCCUAAAGGGAAAAUAAAAAAAUUAAAUUAAAAAGUCAAAGAUUCAGGAAGAGAUUAUUAAAAAGAAAAAGAGAGAGACUAAAAUAAAGAAAAAGAAUCUUAUGAUGAAAGUUUAAAAUAAAAGUCUGAUGAUUAAAUUUAAUAUGAAAGAUUUGAUUAAUUUAUAAAAGGUGCUCAUAAAAAAAUUGUUUAAUUAAAUAAAUAAUUAAAUGAAUUAUAUUAUCCACCAUUUGAAAAGGAAUAAAAAUUACUUGAACAGGAAAGGAGAAAGUAAAGACAAAAACCGGAUCUUUAAGUAACUACAAACUAAAAGACUGGAAUCUAAUUAAUUAAAUUUAGUCAUAGAGCAACAGAUGAAGAAAAAAGAAGUAUUAUAUUUAAAUUAAAUAGAAUUUUUGAUGAAUUAUAGUUUUGAAGAAGUAGCCUUAAAAUAAAGUUAAAGUUUAAGAGAAAUAUCUGCAAAACAUGUUGAUAAAUCAUUAACCCCAUUUAAAGAUUAUUUAAAAGAAACAAGAAACAUUAAAUUAAAUAAUCCAAUAAAGGCUAAAGUAAAACUAUGUAAAAUGUAUUACCUAUUUUACAGCUGUAUUGAAAUAAAAUGAUAACAUAUCUGAUAUUUUGGAUACAAAUUAAACUAUGGAGGAUUAAAUAAAAGAAGAAAUUUUGGGUCUUAAUUUAAUUAAAAGAAAUCAUCGAUCUAAAAUUAAGGGUGAUUUAUGUAAACUUAAUUAUAUAAUUAUUUUAGAAUACAUAUUAAAUGCUGAUUUAAAAGGAUUUACAUAAAAAGAUAGUUUUGCAGUAGCUAUUACAGAUUCUUAGAAGAAAAGAUCAUUAUCACCAUUAAAACAUUAUUUGAUAACAAAAAAAAAAUCUUAACUGUAACUAAAUUGA